UCCUUCCAUCCCUUCGCCUGCUGCUGCCCCGCUUCCUCCUCCCAACUCUCCCUUCCCUAUCACUACCCUCACGCACGCCGCAUUUCCCGCUGUCAACGAGUACCUUGCGUGAAGUCGUCGCUUAGGCAAGGCGUGAGAGUAAUUCCGUCGGAGCCUGACGCUACCCCCUCGAAACAAUAUCGAUAGGAUCCCAAAUCUGCGCUUCUCGCACGCAUCGCAAACCCUAGCUGUGUCCCUCCAAGCAGCACCAACCAUGGCGUAUCGCGCGCGCGUCGCGAUGGUGAUAGGAAUAGCCCUGCUGGCAUCCGCCUUAUUACUUGUCGCCGACGGAGCGUCCACGAACGCCGGCGGCUCGACGAAAAAUUCAGGCUCUAGCGGAACCACGUCUAGCGGGUCGUCUGCUACUAGCGGGACCACUUCUAGCGGGUCUUCAAGUUCCAGCGGGACUGCUUCUUCCGGGUCUACGAGCAGUACCGGGACCGCUAGUAGCGGAUCAACGGCCUCGACCGGGUCAACAAAGUCUACGGGCACAUCUGGGUCAACGGCCAGUCAGGGGUCAACGGGGUCAACUGGCAGCCAGGGCUCGACUGGCUCCUCGGCUUCCACAAAUAACAACGGGAAUACUGCUAGUAACGGAAACACCGCUAAUAACGGGAACACUGCUAGUAACGGGAAUACCGCUAGCAACGGGAAUACCGCAGGUAACGGGAAUACUGCUAAUAACGGGAACACCGCAAGCAACGGCAACACCGGGAACAACGGAAACACUGCCUCAACUGGUUCUUCCGGUUCGUCAACGUCAACGUCAGCUUUUCUGUCGCUGCCGGUCAACGGGUGCUCUCCGUCAGCGUGCCAGAAUCCGUCACUGGGAUUCUACAAGGGAACGUUCCAGCAGGCGUCGAACGCGAACGCCGUUCAGAAUAUGAACCUCGGCGAAUACGUGUACGGCACGCGCAUCUGCUCCGAUCUCGCCAAAUCGUCCACUGAUGCCAAGUCGUUCCCCGACUGCUGCACCGACUGCGCCAACACCGCUGCUUGCCACUACUUCCAGUUCUACACUCCAGACUCCAUCUCUUCCGCCCCCGGCGGGCAGAAGCAGUGCUUCCUUCUCUCCGAGGCUCCAGCUGGUCUGGCUGUUAGCGGGGCUCUCAGCUAUGUCGGCGGUUUCUGCAACCCCCCUGCUUCAGCCACUCAGCAGCAAUCCCCCUCUACCACUUCCUCUGGCUCCACCUCCUCUUCCUCCUCCUCCUCUUCCUCCUCUGGCUCCACUACUUCCCCCACCGUUUCAGUCACAUCCCCCCCUCCUCCCGGCGUGAAGGGCGAUCCGCACUUCGUGGGGUGGGACGGCGUGCAUUUCGAUUUCACCGGCCAGCCCGGCCACAGCUAUUGCAUGCUCUCUGACAGCAACGUCCACGUCAACAUGUAUCUGGACGGAUUCACGGAAACCAGCGCGAAAGGCGUUAAGGAGACGCACUCCUGGAUCAAGGGCCUCGGGUUUAUCACGCCUGGGCAUAAGCUGGCUCUUUUUGCGAAAACGAGCGCGAGUCCCUCUCGAAACGGCGGGUAUAUGAAGCGGAUCGUGCUUGACGGCCGGGAGUUUAAUCUGACGGAGGGGACGAAAUACGGGACGGCUGACGGGGAGAUCGAGAUCGAAUUUGACGAAGCCGGCAGGAAGGAAGGGGAUGAGGAGACGGACGUCUACACCGUUACUGUACGAGAUACGAUAAAGAUUCUUCUUCGCAUGCGCCCGGAAAUUGGGGGAGUUCGCCGCCCGGACGAUUCUUUUAUCCAUUUCUCGAUGGAGAUUUUAGACGAGCAGCUGUCUACACGCACCCAUGGAAUUCUCGGCCAAACACUGUACAAUUUGAACAAUCCCGAAGCGGCUCCUACCGGGUAUGACGUGGAGUAUAGUGGGGUGGUUUGGGCGUGGCAGGUGGUUGGAGCUGACGCGGAAAAUUACAUUCAGGGGAAUCCGUCGGAUUACGUCACGAGCCAUCUGCUGACGUCGGAUUGCAGAUUCUCGAGGUUUUCCCGCCGGGGUCUGUUUCACUCGGCUCUGUCUCUUGGCUGCUGGCGGAAGGGAUUCGUGUGCUGAGCUGGCAUCAGGGGUUUCUGUUCUGAGGUAGUGCGAGAGUUUGGUGUGCUGAGGUGACACGAGGGGUUUGGAUGCUGAGGUGGCACUAGGGUUUCGCGUGCUGCUUAGGAGGCAUGCAUGGUCAUCCUGACAGGAUAGCAUGCUGAUAGAUGGCCCUUCUGACAUCCUGAGUAGAACACUCCCAAGGUGUUGGAGAGCACAGGGGCCAGUGCAUGAGGUGGUAUGGAGGUAGGAGGACAACCAUGGGCGUAAGUACUCGUUGGAAUUGCUGGCUGGACGGGGCAUUCCGGGAGAGUUUGCUUUAUGCUGUUUGCUUGUAUGGUUAUGGUGAAGCUGAGAAAGGGGGUGACUGGAGGCUGGCUUAUUGGUUAUCUUUGUUGACAUUUGUUAAUUUCUUUGUUAUUGUUAUUGUCUCAAACCAGUAGCAUCUGUAUAUUGGAGAAGGGAAUGGCUGCAUGGGAAUGGUAGGCUUUGUUCAGUUGUAAGGUUGUGUAUGGAAAUGACAUUUCCUUAUC